ACACUGACGAACAGUAUCACAAUGUUCUCAUGCCAAGCAUUUAUGGAGUCAUCUGCUUCGUCGGCAUAAUAGGCAACUGCAUCGUCAUCUACACCAUCGUCAAAAAAAAUAAAUUCAGGGCGCAACAGACGGUGCCUGACAUCUUCAUCUUCAGCCUAUCUAUCGCAGAUCUUCUGUUUCUCCUAGGCAUGCCGUUCCUCAUCCACCAGCUGGUGGGAAACGGUUCGUGGUGUUUCGGUGCCACCAUGUGCACCGUUAUCACAGCGCUGGACUCCAACAGCCAGAUUGUGAGCACCUACAUUUUAACGGUCAUGACUUUGGAUCGAUACUUGGCCACGGUUCAUCCCAUCCGCUUCAACCACAUACGCACUCCAUGCGUGGCCGUGGCGGUUGUGGGCCUGGUGUGGAUCCUCUCGCUGCUGUCCAUCACGCCGGUGUGGAUGUACGCUGGGCUCAUGCCCCUGCGGGACGGAUCGGUGGGAUGCGCUCUGCUCCUUCCCAAUCCGGCCACAGACACGUAUUGGUUUACUAUUUACCAGUUUGUGCUGGCUUUCGCUUUACCGUUGGUGAUCAUUUGUGUGGUGUUUUUCAAGAUCCUCCAGAAUAUGGCCGCCACGGUGGCUCCACUUCCCCAGCACAGCCUUCGUGUGCGUACUAGAAAGGUCACACGGAUGGCUGUCGCCAUAUGCCUGGCGUUCUUUGUUUGCUGGGCGCCUCAUUACAUCUUGCAACUGGCACAUCUGAGCGUGCAGCGGCCCAGUUAUGCCUUUCUGUACGCUUAUAACAUUGCCAUCAGCAUGGGCUACGCCAACAGCUGCAUCAACCCACUGCUCUAC